CUUACCGUCAGUCAGUGGCGAGACAUCGAAGGGGAAGGACACGCGUCGCUCAGCUCCUGCCCCACCCAAUCCCCUUCAAGCUUCCCCUUCCUCCCCUACAUCCCCACGUCAACCCCCUGCCAGUGAUCGAGGCGGCAGGGGACGGACACAGCACUUCGAGAAGGUAAGGGAGCAGAGUUACCUCCUUCCCUCCCCCUCCCUCCCUUCCCUCCACCUCUUCCCUAAAUCUGUGAAAACGUGAGGAACAAGGAAAGGAAGAAAAAGGAAGGAAACAGUAAGAAGAAGAAAAGUGAUAAAAAGGAGGAAGAAACGGUGGAAAAGGAGGAAGAAGAAUGAGGAAAACGCCGUAGAAGGAAUUAAUAAGACGUUUGUUUGUGUUGACAGUCGAGAGUAAGCAAGAAAUAAACAAGAAAAAUAAACAAAAACAAAAACACGACUGAUGCGAAAUAACAAAACACGCGAGUGAAGCGAAAAAAUAAAAACAAACGAAGGAAAGAAAAUUAAAAACACAAACAGACACACAUAAAACAGGAAAAAACAAACACCGCCAGAAAGAAAGAAAACAACAAAACAGAACGAAGAGGGAGAAAGAAAACAAAACAGAAAAAAACACAAAUAACAACAACAACAAUAAGAUUUCUGAAGAACGAAAAUAACGAAAAAAAAAAGAAGAGGGAGAAAGGAAAAAGAAAAAAAAACACGAAAUAUUGGAGACAGAGAAGGAAGGAAGGAUUCGACGGAAGACUCCCUCUCCCUCUUACUCCCUCCUCUCCCAGCCUCCCCCUCCCUCUCUCUCUCCCAUCACUGGAACAUCAAGAAUAUCACGUUCCCAGUCUUAUAAAGGUGGAGUGAUGGUGUGGAGGCUGUAGUGGAGGUGAUGGUGGUGCAGGGGCUGGUGUUCCGCGGCCGGGCUGACAACAUGAGGGUGGAGGCCGGCGCCCUCACCCUCCCCCUGCCCUCCCCGCCCCUCCCCCCGCGCGCCUCCCGCCUCGUGUGCCUCGUCGCCGCCGCCGUCGCCUUCCUCCUCGGCGUGGCCGUCGGCGUCACCCUCCCGCUGGUGCUGUCCACGCCGCCCCUGGCUCUGCCCGCCUCCCUGCAGCACCUCCAGUCCCUGCCCCUGCCCCAGCAGUUCCAGCAGCAGCAGCAGAAGCAGCAGCAGCAGGUGGAGCACCCUUUUGAGGGCGUGAUGGAGGGCGCCACCAUCGUGGGCGAGGGUGGGCGCGGCAUGGAGGCGCCGCUACACUCGUGGGCGGCCUCCGCGGCGGCCAGCAGCGUCAACACCAACAGCAGCGGCAGCUUCGUGCAGGACGACGCGGCCAACACCACUGCCGCCACUCCCGCCGCCGCCGCCACCACCACGGAGUGGGCGGGGUCGGAGCGCGACGCCCCGGACGUGGAGGCGGCGGCGGCGCUGCUGGUGGACGAGGUGUACUGGGGCGCCGCCGUGGAGGCCGCGCUGCCGCGGGGCUUCCCGGACCACGAGGUGACGGAGUGGCGCAAGUUCACGCGGCGGCAGGCCGUGGUGCGCCUGGAGGAGGGCUGCGGCCGCAUGCAGAACAGGCUGGUGACCUUCGAGAACGGCACGCGGUCCUGCUGCCGCUACCGCCAGAACCACGACCAGAUCCAGGGAGAGAUCUUCAGCUUCUACCUGAGCCGCCUGCUCGGCCUGACCAACGUGCCGCCCUCCGCGCUGGGCGUGGUGCGCGCGGGGGCGUGGCAAUGGUCGGGCGUAGGCAGCCAGCUGGCCCUGGCGCAGUGGGCGGAGGAGCGGCCCGUGGUGCUGACGCGCUUUGUGGAGGGCCUGGCGCCGGCCUUCAUACCCGCCUCGCUGCGGCCCACCCGCCGCCGCCUGCACCCGCUGACGGUGGAGGAGCGCGACCCGCGGGACGUGGCGGCGCUGGCGGAGCUGGCGCAGUGGUCUGACCUCAUCAUCUUCGACUACCUCACCGCCAACCUGGACCGCGUGGUCAACAACCUCUACAACAUGCAGUGGAACCCCAGCAUGAUGGAGGCGCCCGCGCACAACCUGGCCCGCCACGCGCCCUCCGGCCUGCUGGUCUUCCUGGACAACGAGUCGGGGCUGCUGCACGGCUACCGCCUCCUCGACAAGUACGAGGCCUUCCACGCCUCCAUGCUGCAGGCGCUCUGCGUCUUCCGCCGCUCCACCGCUGACCGCGUGCGGCAGUUGGUGGCGCACCGCGACGUGGGCGAGCGGCUGCGCAAGAUGUACCGGCGGCACGAACCCGAGCUGCAGGACUUCCUGCCGCCCAUCCCCGACAAGUCCGUCAAGAUCCUCAACGAGCGGCUCAUCAACGUGCACAAGCAGAUCGCCAAGUGCGAGAAGAUGUACAUGAACACGUGAGGGGCCGUGCCCCCCCCAACCCCCCACACCAAAAAGAGGCGUCGGCAACGAGGCGCCGCCCGCCCUGUGAUAUGUACACACCCGCCCGCGUGGGCGUGAGUCCGCUCCGCCCCGGGCGUGGCCCCGGCGGCGGGCGUGGCGGGGCGACGCCCCCCGCGCCGUGCUGGUGGCCAUCUUCCCGCCGCCACGCACGAGGUGCCAUUUUAUGCAGCACCCACCUGUGUCCCGCCCCCCACGCCCCCCCCCCCUCCUCACGUCCGCUGCGUCCCUCCGCCCCGCGGCCCUUUGCCGCCCCGCCGCCUGAGGCCAGCCCCGCCCCGCCCCCUGCGUCACCCGUGACAACCGCCCCGCCGCCAGGGUCCACGCCCCCGCCCCGCGCCGCCCCGCCCUCACCACACGCCCCAACGCCCGCCCGUCACUUUCGCCUCCCACGCCUGUCGCGCGGCGCCCACACACCCGCAGCCGCCGUCGCCCAUCCGUCACCGCGCCGCGAGUGACGCCCACGCCCCACGGCCGCCACAACAGACGCCCGGCCCAACACGCGCCAACACAAACACGCCAACACCCACGCCACACACCCAGACACACACUGCAGUGGCCUCCACACGCCGCCCGCUGGUGCUGCGACCCCCGCGGCGGCGGCGACACACACACACACACACAUGGACCAUAUGCCCCCAGAACAAUGGCCGCCGAAACCCAGCCCAAGAACCUCAGUUAAACUUGACGGCGGCGGAUGUGGUGGCGACAGGCGGUGGUGGUGGUGGUAAUGAUGGUGGUGAUGAUGGUGGUGAUGGUGGUGGUGUGGAGCAAAGACAAAUACAAAACACUGACAACACUGAUAUUCGUAUUGUGCUGUGAUUAUUUGGAGAAGGAGGAGGAAGAUGAAGAGGAGGAAAAUGAAGAAAGAGGAAAAGGAAAAAAUAGGAAAAAGGAAGAAAAAACUCGUAUCAAUAACAGAAAAAUGAGAGAAAAAGACGA